UGGCGCGCGCCGGCCGGGCAGCACCGCUGCGGGCUCCGCGCGCGCGGGCCAUGUCCGCCUUCUGCCUGGGCUUGGCCGGCCGCGCUUCAGCACCCGCCGAGCCGGACAGCGCCUGCUGCAUGGAGCUGCCCGCCGCGGCCGCGGACGCAGUCGCGAGUCCAGCCGCCGCCGCCCUCAUCUCCUUCCCCGGGGGCCCCGGGGAGCUGGAACUGGCGUUAGAGGAGGAGCUGGCGCUGCUGGCGGCCGGGGAACGGCCGUCCGACCCCGGGGAGCAUUCUCAGGCCGAGGCCGGGCCUCCGGCCGAGGGGUCCGGACUGCAGCCGCCGCCCGCCCAGGAUCCCGAACUGCUGUCGGUGAUCCGGCAGAAAGAGAAGGAUCUGGUGUUGGCGGCCCGGCUGGGCAAGGCGCUGCUCGAGAGGAACCAGGACAUGAGCCGGCAGUACGAGCAGAUGCACAAGGAGCUGACAGACAAGCUGGAGCACUUAGAACAAGAGAAACACGAACUAAGAAGACGAUUUGAGAACCGAGAAGGGGAAUGGGAAGGGCGCGUGUCAGAGCUGGAGAGUGAUGUGAAACAACUUCAGGAUGAGUUGGAGAGGCAGCAGGUUCAUCUACGGGAAGCAGAUCGAGAAAAAACACGGGCUGUCCAGGAAUUAUCAGAACAGAACCAGAGGUUAUUGGAUCAACUCAGCAGGGCCUCAGAAGUUGAGAGACAACUCUCCAUGCAAGUCCAUGCCCUCAGAGAAGACUUUCGGGAGAAAAACUCCUCGACCAACCAGCACAUCAUCAGGCUUGAAAGCCUACAGGCUGAGCAGGUUCUCGAAAUCAAAAUGCUGUCAGAUCGGAAACGGGAGCUAGAGCAUCGUCUCAGUGCCACCUUAGAGGAAAACGACCUGCUCCAGGGCACUGUGGAGGAGCUACAGGACCGGGUGCUGACCCUGGAGAGGCAAGGCCAUGACAAAGACCUCCAGCUGCACCAGAGCCAGCUGGAGCUCCAGGAGGUGCGGCUCUCCUACCGACAGCUGCAGGUGAAGGUGGAGGAGCUCACCGAGGAGAGGAGUCUGCAGAGCUCCGCCGCCACCAGCACGUCCCUCCUGUCCGAGAUCGAGCAGAGCAUGGAGGCCGAGGAGCUGGAGCAAGAGCGGGAGCAGCUGAGACUGCAGCUCUGGGAAGCCUACUGCCAGGUCCGCUAUCUCUGCUCACACCUCCGGGGGAAUGACAGCGCCGACUCGGCCGUAUCCACGGACUCCUCGAUGGACGAGUCUUCUGAAACCUCGUCUGCCAAGGACGUGCCAGCCGGCAGCUUGCGCACGGCCCUCAGCGAGCUCAAGAGACUGAUACAGAGUAUUGUGGAUGGCAUGGAGCCCACGAGCUCCCGGAGAAUUGAUGAUGACUCCUUAGAAGAACAGAUAAGGCAGACCAGUGAGGACUCGAGAGCCCUAAGGGAACUCAUGGAGGGAGAGAGGGGUAAACUGAGGCAAAGCCUAGAGGAGCUGCAGCAACUCCACAGUCAGGUGACACUGCUGAGUGUGGAGAUGACUGCACUGAAGGAAGAGAGAGACCGACUCAGAGUGACAUCUGAGGACAAGGAACCAAAGGAGCAGCUUCAGAAGGCCAUCAGGGACCGGGACGAGGCCAUUGCAAAGAAGAAUGCUGUGGAGCUGGAACUCGCCAAGUGCAAGAUGGACAUGAUGUCUCUGAACAGCCAGUUGCUGGACGCCAUUCAGCAGAAACUGAACCUCUCCCAGCAGCUUGAGGCGUGGCAGGACGACAUGCACAGGGUCAUUGACCGGCAGCUGAUGGACACGCACCUGAAGGAACGGAGCCGGCCUGCUGCCACCCUCCCCGGGGCCCGGGGCGCGGGGCGCGGGGACGAGCCCAGCACCGCCGAAGGCAAGCGGCUCUUCUCGUUCUUCAGGAGAAUUUAGGUUGGGAGGAGUCAGGCCAGCAAGGACGGGUGACUUGGACUAGAGGUGACUGAAACGGGGUGCUUGCACAGGAGGGCUCCCCUGGGCCAGCUCAGCGGCUGCACUGCCCACCUACACCGGGGCCGAGUCGUCCAGGAGGGCCCACUCGGCCUCUGAAGGCUGCCCUCGACAGAGGGACAGGCAGCAAGCCCUGUCCCCACUGCCAGGCCACACCCGGCCUGGGCUUCCCACGGAUCCACGGUUGUUGAGCAGGGCUCGGGCUGUCUCCAGAGCAGCCCCUUGGGUGGGCUCUGCCACUCCGACCCAGUGGAUCGCAGCCCACGCAGCCCGCCCCGCCCACCCCUCAGUGGCUCCCGCAUCUAACCCCAGGCACUGCUGCGCGUCCCCCCCCACCCCACCCCCGCCGCCAUUUUGGAAUACGGGAAACAGAAGGAAUGGAGGCCGUUCUCUGCAUGCCUCAGGAGGCUGUCGCGGCCCCCAGCUGGCCUGCGCUGCAGGGGCCUGGUCCCUACAGGACACCAGGCCCACAGCUGAGCCUCCAUCUCUCCCCCCAGUCUCUGGCCCAGAGAGUAAAGGGGGAGGCGGCUCCUCACCCACGUGCAUGCACCUCUGCCCAGGGCACCUCUGCGGCAGGAGGCCCGGCCUGCGGGGCCCGACGGCGGGGGGAUCUUCUCUCGCGCACUCGGUCUCAAUGGGCUCUGCCGGGGCUCGGCUGAUGCCACCCCAAGCUCAGGAGGAAGGGCCCUGCCCCGCUGGCCGCCACUGUUCUCCCUCUGGCCUCCGGGCCAGCCAGUGUUCCCGUGGGCCCUCUGCAGGCUUUAGCCAUCCAGCCCUUGCCCCCUUCGUGGGGCCAGAGCGAGGAGGGGGUCUCAUCCUCUUCCCACGGCCCCCUGCUCCCCUCACACAUACAAGGUCUCGGCUCAGCCAAGCGAGUCCAGGCCACACAAUGGCCCCAGAGGGGUCUGUGGUCAGCCACCUCCACCUCAAGGGCAGCACUGGCACCACAGGGCGCCUGCCUCCAGAUACUGCCCGCCAGGCCUGCGGGAGGAUGAAUCCUGCAACCUGCUGCUUCUGCUCCUUCCUCGGCAGCCAUUCCACCUUCUCUGCUGAGGCCCUAACUCAGAGGCACCCCGGGCUGAGUCAGCCCGCAAGCUGCUUUACAAAGGAUCAUCUCCCUCCCUCACACGGGAAAAGCACAGCAGGGACGAGCGGAAAGAAUGUACCUAUAGAUAUGUACAUACCACAGUGCUGUAAUUUUGUAUGUAGCAAUCCUGUAAAUACAUGUAUGGAUUUUAUAAUAUACAUAUUCUAUAUAAAUCUAUAAAGGCAUAUUUUUAGAAAAACAGCGCACCACUGCUUCUUUUGAAAAUAGUCUAAGAAUAAAAUGAAUUUCUACAGA